CUUGGCCUGGGCCCGGUUUCCGGUGGCUGCGGAGCGGCGGAAGCGGUUUUCUGUUGGAAGCGGUGAUGGGUCAACCUCAGUGCGUGGUCUGGUGAGGGUGCUCACGGUCCCCAGGCCUUUCGGGGGAGGGGAGGGACAGGGCUUUGCGUGAAGACCCCCUCCCUCGCCUGCAUUUGGAGCGCUUCCUACUUUAACUGAGUACCCAGCACUCGAGAUCGGGUUCUCGGGCAUUUAACAGAAGGAAGGAAAAACGGUCCACAGCGUGCUGCUGAUUCAGUCCUUACCUUAAAGACAGCCCCAUGUUAACAUCAGAGCCGUGUGCGUUUGAAUGUCCCGUUUUCCCUUCUGCGAGGUUCGGGGUCUGGCGCCCAACCUAACCAUAGUUUUGGAGCCUCAGAGCCAUGGCAAACAAGGAUCCAGCAAACACAGAGGCGCACACGGACCUCUCAUCUGCCAACCUGCGCAAAGUGCCUCAAAAACCGAACUAUGCGCUCAAAUUCACUCUUGUGGGGCAUACGGAGGCAGUUUCAUCAGUUAAAUUUAGUCCUAAUGGAGAAUGGCUAGCAAGUUCUUCAGCUGAUAAGCUCAUUAUAAUUUGGGGGGCAUAUGAUGGGAAAUACGAGAAAACACUCCAUGGCCACAGCCUGGAAAUAUCAGAUGUUGCUUGGUCUUCAGAUUCUAGUCGUCUCGUUUCUGCCUCAGAUGAUAAAACUCUGAAGAUAUGGGAUGUGACAUCUGGAAAGUGCUUGAAAACACUGAAGGGGCACAGUAAUUUCGUCUUCUGCUGUAGUUUCAACCCACCAUCCAACCUCAUCGUUUCAGGAUCUUUCGACGAAUGUGUGAAAAUAUGGGAGGUGAAAACAGGGAAGUGCCUUAAGACUUUGUGGGCUCAUUCUGACCCAGUUUCUGCCGUACAUUUUAACAGUAAUGGGUCCUUGAUAGUAUCAGGUAGCUAUGAUGGUCUGUGUAGGAUCUGGGACGCUGCAUCAGGCCAGUGUUUAAAAACACUCAUUAAUGAUGGUAACCCUCCUGUGUCUUUUGUAACGUUUUCUCCAAAUGGCAAAUAUAUUCUCACUGCAACUCUGGACAAUACUCUGCGACUGUGGGACUAUAGCAGAGGCAGAUGCCUGAAGACAUACACUGGUCAUAAAAGUGAGAAAUACUGCAUAUUUGUCCAUUUUUCAGUUACAGGUGGAAAAUGGAUUGUGUCAGGCUCCGAGGAUAACAUGGUUUAUAUUUGGGACAUUCAGACUAAAGAGAUUGUACAGAAAUUGCAGGGUCACACGGAUGUUGUGAUCUCAGCAGCUUGUCACCCUACAGAAAACAUCAUCGCAUCAGCAGCCUUAGAGAAUGACAAAACAAUUAAACUGUGGAUGUGUGAUUACUAGUCUUUGGAAGCCAACUGAGUGAAGCUAAGUUAGUCCAAACAAAACAGAAUUUUGGUAUGGUUUUGUAUUUCUUUUAGAACUGCCUUUGAUAGUAAGAUUUUGAGACUUACAAAUUUUGAAAAUGAAAUCAUUGGAAAAGCUUGUUUAGGAGGACCUGGGGCUUCUGACUUCUGAUUGGCGUUGGUGUUUGUCCCUGGACAGGUUCCCAUUCUUUCCCUCUGGGGGGCUGCAGUGAGAUGAGUGUGUCUGACAGGCUGAGGGGAGCAAGAGUUCAAGAUUUCUGGUUUGGGAGGCCUAGGGAGGUAACAAGAGGACUGGAGGUGUAUGUUACAUGCUAUCUGCAUAUUUGGGUGUUAUCCUACAUCAUGGGAUAUUGUCAAAGGAAUCAGAUUUGUCAAGAUGGGAAAACCUAAGUCAUGGUCAUGUUCAUUCUAAAAAUAGAGCAUUUUUAUUAUCAUUUUAUGUCUGCGUGUGCAUGCGGGGUGCCACAGAGCACCAUGCACAUUUUAAAAAUGUAAUAAAAAUUAAAAAUUCUUCAAACUAUCAUAUUGACAAAAAAGUUUAAUGCUCCCCUAUAUCAACUGUAUACACAUAGGGCUUUAGAAAAUACAAGGUGGCCGGGCAUGGUGGCACACACCUUUAAUCCCAGCACUCGAGAGGCAGAGGCAGGCGGAUCUCUGCGAGUUCAAGGCCAGC